GGCUAUAUGCAACCUCUAUAUAUUAAAAUAUAUAGAGAGACAUAUUAUUUGCUCCCCAACUAAACACCCUCCAGCAUCAACUAUGAAAUAGUUGUCAAAUGUCAAAUUAACUAUAACCAAUACCACAAAUUAAUAUAAUCUAGAAUACUACCGCUAAAAAUGGCAACCGCAACGACAGCAGUAACCGCCUCAGCCCCCCAUCUCUCCGCCAACGACUCCGCCGUCCUCCAAGCCCUCUUCGACGCCGAAUCUUCCCUUUCAAACGCUUCCACCGGAAUCCACCUCGACUCUUCCCUUCCUCAGCAGCUCCCCGGCAUAUCCCCCGCCGAACUCUCAAAACUACAAGCGCUGGAACGCGCCGCGAUACUCCCCUUGCAGGCAGAGACAACAGGCAGAGACACAAUCAGAGAUGCCAACAAGAUAAGAGCGGCCGUGGCGAAGCUGACAGCCAUCAUUGAGGAGAACAAGGGGUAUGCGUCUGCGUAUGUGAAUCGGGCACAGGCGGCGAGGAUGCUGGUAGAGAGUGGGAUGGAUGGGAAAGAGAAGGAUGAGGAGGAGCAAAGGGAAUUGGCAAACAUGAUCUUCGCCGACCUCUCGACGGUCAUUUCACUACUUAGCCCAUCUCCUUCCUCUUCCUCGUCCUCUCCCUCCCUCUCUUCCGCAUCACAGCAUCCAUCCCCCCUCAGCCCCCUCCACGCCCGCAUCCUCGCAAACGCCCACACCCACCGCGCCUACAUCGUCUACCGCGCCGCGCGGGCCCUCGACUCCAAACCACCUCCUCCCUCUAUGAAUAAUAAUAAUAAUAAUAAUGAUAAUACUACCUCUGGCACUGCCACACUAACAACUCUACCCGUGCACCUCCGCGACAAAUCCGCCCAGCACCUGGAGGAGAUGGCCAGUAUGGAUUUCCAGUUGGGCGGGCGGUAUGGGAACGAGAUUGCGCGCCAGAUGGCGGUUAAGACGAACCCGUAUGCGAAGAUGUGUGGGGCGAUUGUUAAGGAGGCGAUGAGGAAGGAAAUGAUGGUUCACCGGGGGGAGGGGGAGGGGGAGGGGGAGGGGGAGGGUUUUGUGGUGUAGAUAUAUGUCGGGGGUAUGGUGGUGGUGGUGGUGCAUUUGUUUGUUUGGUUGAGUCGUUGCCUUUUUUAUGUAUUGUUUAUUCUGGGGGAGGUACACACAGUAUAUAUGUAACUUAAUAAUGUAUUAGAUUAGAUUGCAGUGAUUGAUUGGCAUUGGGUGUGGUGGUGGUAUCUGGCUAAGAUGCACAGUUCGGAAGAAGUUGAAUAUCAUAAAUCAAAUCGUCCACUUUAACUAUUCCUUGCUAUUGAAGUAAAAUACGUAACAACGUGAGUGAUAUAUCGAAAUUGUCGAAAAUAGCUACUAACCCACUCA